AAAAUGCUAAGAGUUGCUGGAUUGAAUCAAUUAUAACCAUCUUCAUGAAAAACCCAUCUGGUUUCAACACGUGUCUUGGAAUGUGAAACAUUUGUGUUGGAUGGGGAUGGGUGAUUGUUUGGAUACCUCUUGUCAGACUCGGUGCUCAUGUUCACUUUAGACAGCCAAUUACUGGGGCCCCCAAACAUUGUCCUCUCAGCGUGCCAGGUGGAUCUGGUGCCGGCGCCCUGCUCACAAGGCAGCUGUGCAGCAGCUGUAGUAACAGUGACAGCCGUCACCGACUUUGCUCAGGAUGGGAACCGCAUCAGCCACAUCAGAGCCGAGCCAGUUGGACACAGAGAUGUGCUUUGGAGGGCUCACGCUUCGAAGGAUGUAAAGGUCACAGUUCAAGACCUCCCAACAGGGAACUGCUACUCUUUCACUGAUCCACACAUUAUCACGUUUGAUGGAUGGCGUUACGAUAACUAUAAAAUCGGCACCUUCCUUUUGUGCCAGAGCACGUCGCGGGCAUUCGAAGUACACGUCCGUCAGUGGGACUGUGGGGGACACCACUCUGCCACCGCCUGCAACUGUGGGGUGGCUGCAUGGGAAGGGAGCGACGUCGUCCGCCUGGACGCCUGCAAUGGGCACUUUCAGGACAGCAGGCCGCAGCUCAACAUCCAAAGUACUGAGGCAUCACCACAGGUCAAAAUCCUAACAUCCUACGGAGGGAGAAAGAUAACAAUCCUAUUCCCUUCGGGAGCGUUCAUUCGAGCUGAUGUGAGCGAGUGGGGAAUGGGCUUGACAGUGAGGACACCAAGCAGUGACUUCAACAGCACCAGAGGUUUGUGUGGCCUCUUUGAUGGGAUCAGUCACAACGACUUGAACAAUGUGCCUGAGGAAGACUUCAUAGAGGAGUGGAGAAUACCUCCAGGGAAGAGUUUAUUUGACAAAACUCCAGCAUCUUCAGAAGAGAAGCAGAGGAAAAAUUACUGCAGAUGCCAGAAGGAAAGCACAAAGUCCAUGCCCUUGGUAAAGAUGCUGAAUGCCUUUCAGAUGCAAUCUUCUGGUUGUCAUUAUGAUAAUGUGGAUUACACUUUUGCAAUCCCAUAUCUGGAUAUUACAUCAGAGUUUGUCACUCACUCAGGCAAAGAGUUUGCUUCAAGAGAUGAUGGGGAACGGUCGCCCAAGUCUUUUGAUCAAAGAUCUCUCCCUAAAUCAGUCAAAAAGCGAGGUAGCCAUGAGGAGCGAUUAAAACCCUUCUCACAACAUGCUUCCAUGAAAAACAAUAGUUCCCUUAACUUUACCAAGCCAGCAGAAGAACUACAGAGACCAAAAAGACAAGAAGACUACUUUGAAUACUCAGCCCCUCACCCAUUGCAUAGCCCAAGCCAGACAGACACGGAAAGCUUUGCCUAUUUUUUCCCAGAGGAUUAUUUUGAAGGGAUUCGGCUAAAACUCCCACUGGGAUGGCCUACUCCCAACGGCCUAACCUCUGCCAAAGCUCAGGAGAUUUGCCACGGAAUUCUUGCAAAUUCCACCAUUGGAUUAGUGUGUAAGGCUCUCUUGGGAAAACUGAUAGAUGAGGCCAUCAAUAUAUGCAUGUUAGAUCUGCAGCUCAAGGAUGAUGUGGCCUGGGUAAGGGCAUUGAUAGCGCUUUUGGAAAAUGAGUGUGAAAGACGAGUGCUAAGGAACAGAGGUGAAGUGUUUCAUGUUGGAAGCCAGUCAACUGCUACCCAGGAGGAAAUCCUUACCAUUCUCCGCUGUCCUGCUUUCUGUAAUGGCAAUGGACAAUGUACAGAUCUGGGCUGCCAAUGCUUUGAAGACCACAGCUCCUAUGAUUGUAGCACUGCCAAAAAGCAAGCUCUGGAAAUCACAAGCUUGGAGAACAAGGGCCUAUGUGAUAUUCGCACCUCUGACUGCAGUCGUGUCCGAGUGUUCGGCGUUGGUUUCAAGGAUUCUCCCCAUCUGCGCUGCGAAGUCACCAGAUUAAUUCAUCUCAACGGUGAAUGGAUAUCAAGAGAGCAAGAAAUCACACAAGCAGAUUUUCUCAGCUCUAAGGCUGUUGACUGCCAGAUUCCUCUCCUGAACAUUACAGAGACGGAGGCUGUGCACUUUGUAGCUGGCGAUGAGCCGUUCGCAAGAUGGCAAGUGAAAAUCACUGAUGAUGGCUUCCAGUACAGUAAUUCCAGAGUGCUGACCCUGUACGACGCAGUCUGCCAGGCCUGCGAAUCCCAUCCAACUGGACUUUGUAAAUUAAAGGACAAUACUUGUAAUAUAGAUGGACUUUGCUAUGGGGAAGGAGAGUCAAGCCCUGCCAGUCCUUGUCUUCUCUGUGAACCUGAUAUUUCUAAGUUCACCUGGUCUAUUAAUGAAAACAACCUGCCUCCUGUGUUCCAGGCCCCCUCCAGCCAGCUGCUGACAUUUAUUGGUGAGAAUUUUGUUUACCAGUUAACAGCGGUGGAUCCGGAAGGGUCAGCUGUGCUAUUCAUCUUAGAGGCUGGGCCACAGGAUGCCAGGCUCUCUCCCGCUGGCCUUCUUAUCUGGAAAGUUGAUUCAGAAGAAAUGCAGACCUUUGAAUUCACUGUGUCGGAUGAAUGCAAUGCGCUGAGCAGAUACACUGUUGAGGUUCGAGUGAAGCCCUGCAGCUGUCUCAAUGGCGGAACGUGUGUUACCAAUAUUAAAUUCCCUCCGGGCCUUGGUGAAUAUCUGUGUUUAUGUCCAAAUGGAUUUGAUGGAGGGCUUUGCCAGGAAGAUAUUAAUGAGUGCAAAUCAAACCCGUGCAAAAGCGGAACUUGUGUGGACGGUGUGGACAGCUAUGCUUGUCAAUGUCCCCCUGGUUUAGGAGGGCUUACUUGUCAGGAAGACAAGAAUGAAUGUGAAGAAGGUCUGUGUUUUCCUGGAGUGUCCUGCAUGAACACCUUUGGAUCAUACGUAUGUGGAAUCUGUCCAAGUGGGAUGGAGGGAAAUGGUAAAACUUGCAAAUCUGUGCUUGCUGCUGACUUUACAAAAGCUUUAAUCAUUGACAACAACAAUGGCAAAGGUGAUUUGAACAAAACUGAGGUUGAGUGGCCACUGCAACCCUUAGAGGCAAAGAAUUCUCCUGUAAUUAAGAAUUUUAACAUAAGCGCUAAUCGUGGCCAUGCAGCACAUCAGCCCCGUGUUACCACCUGUGCCAAUAGGCCAUGCUUCCCUGGAGUUCUGUGUUUCAAUAGGAAACCCCCUUACGUUGGCUAUGUCUGUGGCCGAUGUCCAACAGGGUUUUUUGGAAAUGGCCGAACCUGCAGCAAAGCCUCCAGACCAGUGAAGCCUCGAAUCCAAGGGAUGGAACACCUUCUCUACGAGGACAAGUUGAAAGAUCUGGGGCUGUUCAGCCUGGAGAAGAAGAAGGUUCUGGGGAGACCAGGUAGCAGCCUCUCGGUAUCUAAAGGGGGGCUGUAA